AUGUCUUACGAUCGAGUGCUUCCUCAGCCCGUUGCUCUUCGCUAUGAGACUGCUCAAGUCCCGCCUAGAAGCAAUCUCGACCACAAGAUCAUGAAUGACCUCAAGCCGGUUUCCGUACAUGACUACGACGCUCGCCUUCACAGGAUGACUGCUCCGGAGAGGGCCUCCAAGCCGAUGGGGCCUAUGCUGACCACCAAGGAGCUUCCCUUGCGUGAACGCUCCGAUCGUUCAUCUUCUUCCUCCGCCAGCAGUAUCAGUCCUGUCAAGACCAAGGACUGUGCACUGCAGUUCUGUCUGUGUCAGCCGGAUCCAAAGAUUCCCAGACCUCGUAAUGCUUUUAUCUUGUAUCGCCAGCAUUAUCAGGCAUUGGUCGUGGCUCAUAACCCGGGUCUGGCAAAUCCUGAAAUCUCCAAAAUCAUUGGAGAGCAGUGGAGAUCUCUUUCAGAAGAUGACAAAAGUAAAUGGAAGGCGCUGGCAGAGGAGGAAAAAGCUCGCCACCAGCAGCAAUAUCCAGACUAUAGAUAUCAGCCUCGACGGUAUGGUCGGGAUGGCAGUGCACGCAGUGCAGUCGGGGGAAUCGGCCACAAUCCAUCUGGCUCGUCAACUUGCAACCGAUGUGGCGGUCGGUUGAUGAACGCACCGGCUUCUCCCAUGACCCCAUUCACACCGAGCACUGGCCCGGGAUAUCGAUCCUCAUCUGGAUUCUCGUUAGCUUCACCACACCCAAACAACAUGCCAAGAAGCAUCCAAGGCCGCGAAAACGACAUUUCUAAGUCAGGAAAGGUCGACCAGCAUGACUCACGGCCUCGCCAGCGACACUGGGACGAACCUGGCGGUCGCUCUCCAGAUAAAAAGCGACGCCGAAGAGCGCUCUCCAAACAGUGCGAUCCCAAAUACACCACAUCCAUUGACCCCCUGGAGUGCUCGCCCCACCGACAUGCCAUCCCGUCAUCUCCCAAUGAUUCAACCCCAGCGUCCCUUCACUCAUCCAAGCCCGGACCCAAGUCUAAAGCUUCCCCCCUUCAAACAGCUCCCAUGACCCCCGCAACCCCUCAAGACACCCUCAACACAAGCGUGGAGGCAACAGUAAUGACAAUUCCCUUCCUGAACAAAAUCAAAGUCCUCGCCAAAAUCUCACCCCCUCUCCUCCCAUCCUUCCGUGACAGCCCACCAGCCCGUGGCCCCGUGAUCGCCAUCGACGGCCAAGACCCAGCCCUCGUCCAAACAACAAUCACCUACCUCGACAGCCUCCUAAAGAAAGAAUCAAAAUAUCACGUCCGCACCUUCGAAGGACCCGAAAUCAAGCAACGCAAAGAAGGCCAAAUGGGCGACUCGACAGUCGACUACCUCACAACAAUCUCCCACUGGCACCGCAUCUCCGACGACAUAACCAGUUUCGUGAAAACCAUCUCCCGCGCCGGCUCAAUCGAUCAUUCCCACUCAGAAGAUGACCCAACCAACAUCUCACCGCGCACAUCCCUCGUUCCCAAAACUGCUUCUAUGACCAUUCACUCGCCAGCUCAGUCCUCCGAGUGCUCGGAGGUCAGCGCCGGCUCGGUGUCUUCGCACUAUGCUGUUCCUGUUGCGUUGGUUCCGCGGUACCAGCUGAGCACUGCGGAUGCAUUUGCUUGCUCGACGCCUAUUGCAGAUUCGUAUGCGCCGCUGGAUCAUUGGCAGUGGAUGGCUUCGUUGUGGCGGGCGUGUGUGGGUCCUGAUAUUACGGUUUAUGUGAGGGAGUGUGGGAAGGAGGAAGUGGAGAGGAUGGGGGCGGUGGAGGUUCGCUUGCAGGAUGCUCGGACUGUUGUGUUGCGGAAGUGUGCCGGAAAGGAUUUGGAGGAGAAGGCGCUUAAGAGGAUGGGCUUUGAGAUUGAGGAUUUCUUGACGCAGUAA